CAAUGGUAGGUACGACAGCGUUUUGGUUUCGGCGUCUUCGCUUUCUUCUAGAAGUGUAGAGUUCAGUAGAUAAGACGCUCUCUCUCUCUCCCGUCUAAGCUGCUUUAGCAAUCUUUGAUGGUGCAUUUGGGAGUUUCUAUUUCGAUGAUAGCUACGCUGAGUCCACCUUCAACAAUGGUUGCUCCAAGCUUGUAUUCAGCCUCUUUCAUUUCUUCACCAGUAACAAAAAGGAAGACAAUCAGAACCAUAUAUCGAUGUUAGUAGCAUCGUGUCUGCUUCCAAAACGGUGCUUGUUCCGAUUGGAUUCGGUACGGAGGAGAUAGAAGUUGUUGUGUUAGUUGAUGUUCUACACCGAGCUGGUGCUGAAGUCACUCUAGUUUAUGUGGAGCAGAAGCUAGAGGUUGAAGGAUCGUUAGGGACCAAGUUGCUUGCUGAUGUCUUAAUCUCUAAAUGUUCUGAACAAGUUUUUGAUCUUGUGCCUUUGCCUGGAGGCAUGUCUGGUGCUGUUAGGUUAAGAGACUGUGUAACUCUGGAGAAGAUCAUGAAGAGACAAGCUGAAGAUAAGAGGUUAUACAGAGCUAUAUCCAUGGCUCCGGCUAUUACUCUUUUUCCAUGGGGACUUUUAAUAAGAAAGAAGACAACAGGACAUCCUGCUUUUUUCGGGAAGCUUCCUACGUUCUGGGCUGUGAAGACAAACAUUCAGAUCUCAGGGGAGCUUACAACUAGCCAUGGACCAGGCACUUUCUCUGAAGAGGUUGAAGUGGUCACAGUUGCAGAUGUUCUUAGAAGAGCCAAAGUAGAUGUCACAGUUGCAUCAGUAGAAAGAUCUUUGAGGAUUACGGUAUCCCUAGGCACCAAAAUUGUCACCGACAAGUUGAUUGGUGAAGCUGCUGAAUCAUCAUAUGAUCUAAUCAUUCUUCCGGGAGGCCAUGCUGGCUCAGAAUGUUUAAAGAAGUAAAAAAUUCUCAAGAAGCUACUCAAAGAAGAACAAGAAGCUGGGAAAAUAUAUGGAGCUACUAACUCUUCAUCUACUGUCCUUCAUAAACACAGUUUGCUCAAGGAGAAGAGAACAGCUGUGUACCUUUCAGACACACACAGGCCUGUGGAUGACCAAAUGAUCCAAGGGGCAGAAGUUGUUAUAGAUGGAAGCGUGAUUACAGGUAUGGGGCUCGCAACUGUGACUAAUUUUUCUCUAGCUAUUGUUGGUAAGCUGUUUGGACAUGGUAGAGCAAGAAGUGUUUCACAAGGGCUUGUGCAUGAGUACCAAUUGAAUCUGAAGGCAUCUUGAUCAAGACACACAGUUAGAAGAUGUCUCUGCCUAUCUAAGUUAAUUUUGUAUAAUAUUUUGUAUUCACAGUUGGAGAUCACAACAUGAUUGAUUCUACACUUGAUGUUUCCAUCAAUCUAUUCACUCUUAUACGUU